UUCUGUUCCGGUUCAUCUGACAUGUGUGCAUCUUCACCCUGUCAAAAUGGGGCGACAUGUGUGGAUACAAUGGACGACUAUGUGUGUUUGUGUUCACGGGAAGAAGUGCGGUACACUGGGAGGGACUGUGAUGAGCUGUACAAUGCUUGUGUGUUUGCUGAAUGCGAAGGGUGUGAGACUGAACUUGGCACGGAGCACUACACCUGUCCAGAGGACUUCAACGAGUGUGAAAGUGGACCAUGUGUAGGUGCCCUCUCUGAGUGUGUAGAUGAGCUCAAUGGCUACAAAUGUCUGUGCCCACCUGGUUUCGGAGGAGAAGACUGCAGUCAUCGUAUCACAGACUGUAUUGAUGAGCCCUGCCUCAACAAUGGCACUUGUAGACGGAUAGUGGACGGAUUUGAAUGCACCUGUUCACAAGGUUUUCAUGGUGAGACCUGUGAAGUGAAUGUGGAUGAUUGUGAUUCACAUCCUUGUCAAAACGGUGCAAUCUGUGUGGAUGGCACCAACAAGUAUCACUGCUUCUGUGUACCUGGAUACCAAGGACACAACUGUGAGAUUGACAUAAACGAGUGUGCAUCACGACCUUGUUGGAACAAUGGAACUUGUAUUAAUGGAAAAGACCAGUACCUGUGUGAAUGUCUGCUGGGAUAUACAGGAGUAAACUGUGAGAUGGAGAUCGAUGAAUGCGAGUCAAAUCCUUGCCAAAAUGGAGCCACCUGUCAUGACCUAGUGGGGCUGUACACCUGUGACUGUGUGCAGGGAUUUGAAGGUUCCGACUGUGAAAUUAAUGUUGAUGAAUGUGAGAGUGAUCCAUGUCAGAAUGGAGGAAUCUGCUACGACCUCAUCGAUAGUUAUAAGUGUGAAUGUGAAGGCACUGGGUUUAUGGGAGACCACUGUGAGGAGGAUAUUCCGGAGUGUGCAUCACAUCCUUGCCAACAUGAAGCAACUUGUAUAGAGGGCAUCAACCACUACAAUUGUACCUGUUGGCCAGGUUUUGAAGGGGAUAACUGUGAGGUGGAUAUAGAUGAAUGUGCUGACACUCCCUGUGAGAAUGAUGGUGAAUGUUUUGAGAAGUCAAAACCUGAACACUGGGAAACAGGCUGGGAGUUCACCUACACCACAGCUGCAGGUUACAUUUGUCAGUGCCAACCAGGAUACACAGGAGAGAACUGCUCAGUGAACAUAAACGAGUGUGUAUCUGAGCCAUGUCACAAUGGAGGAAGCUGUGAGGAUAUGGUAAAUGGAUACAAAUGUGUAUGCCCGGAGGGGUUUGCAGGUGUAGAGUGUGAGGUUAACAUAGAUGAGUGUGAGAGCGCCCCCUGCCUGAAUGGAGGUGUAUGUGAAGAUGGAGUGGCUGAAUAUAAGUGCCAUUGUGCAGAAGCUGAGGAAGGUCUCUUGCCAUGGGGAGGACCACAAUGCAUUGUGCAGCUGCUUGGUUGCAUUGACCAUCCAUGUCAAAAUGGUGCCACCUGCUUGCCAUGGUUGAAUGGAGAGCACGGAUAUACUUGUUUUUGUCCACCUGGAUUUUAUGAUGAUGUAUGUUCAACACCAACCACAUUCUCCUUCUCCUCACCAAAGUUCUUUCUUAUUGAAGUUCCACCACUCGAGCGCAGAAAGAGAGACAUAGAAGAACAGGAACAGCCCCUGGGGGUCCGCCUACGCUUCCGCACCACACUGCCUGAUAUGCUGCUGUUCUUUCGUGGCAAUGCUGAGUUCUUCCUCUCUCUGGAGAUUGUUGGGGGUGAGCUGCGUGCCAAGGCGAUAUCAAAGGAGGAAGGGUCGCUGGAGGCUAAAUUACCAGGGCUUGUAAGUGAUGGAGAUUGGCAUGAGGCAGUGGUGAACAUUGAUAGAUGGGAUAAGGAUAUCAGACUUGUACUGCAAGUUAAAGUUCCAGGCUGUGGCAAUCAAGCAUGCAAAGUUGAACACAAGCUACCAGAUGGUCAAGAAAGUUUCUUGCACAGUGACAGCCUCACAAAGUUAUAUGUAGGUGGAGUACCAGAGGAGUACAUGGAGCUAACCUUAAGUGGUCAUGGCUUUUUGGGUUGUAUGGAGGACCUACAGGUGGAUGGCCAUACUGUUCUGCCGCAUGAUCUUGGAGAUGAAGAGGUGAGCGUAGAGUUGGGCUGUAUAAAGACGGAAUGGUGCGAGGUGGACCCAAAUCCCUGCUCUCAACAAGGGCACUGUGUUGACCUCUGGACAGGCUACCGCUGUGACUGUUAUAGACCUCACUAUGGCCAUGACUGCAGCCAAGAUUUCUCCUUUUGGACAUUCGGUCAUGAGGACUCUACUAGCUAUCUUGCAUUUGUACUGCUGUCUGAUAUUGGCAGGAACUUUAGUGUGUCAUUCUUCCUACGAUCUCUUAAAUCAAGUGGAUUAUUAUUUCAGCUAUGUAGGGCAGGUCAUCAGCGGACAGAGGAGGAUGAUCCUUAUUUUACCAUGUACCUGGAAAUGGGACGAGUACAGGUGACCUCUGUGGUGGGGUCACCCAUCCUAUCAUCACCAGUGUUUGUCUGUAAUGGAGAGAAACAACUGCUUCAGAUAGACAUACAGGAAGGUCAGGUGUUCUUUAGCCAUGGUGGAUUGCGCUACGGGCUUGGCUCUCUGCCUGACUUGGAAGUCCUGGAGGGAGACCUGGUGUAUAUUGGUGGGUUUCCAAAUGAGGAGGGUGCAGCUGAUUGGGGGGGUCAUUUUAAGGGCUGCCUGCAGGAUCUGAGACUAGACGAUGUGCAUCUGGAUGUGGAAGUCUGGAAUAGUACCCUCAGUGAGACUCUAUUUAUCUCCAGUGAUGCAAAAAACGUGCUUCCUGGAUGCAUAAGUGAUGACAUAUGCAAGGUGGAGCCUUGCUUAAAUGGUGGAGAGUGCACAGUCACAUGGAAUGACUUUACUUGUUUCUGUCCAUGGAAUUUCACUGGAAAGACAUGUGAAACUCGGGUUUGGUGUGUCAGUGACCCGUGCGUAAAUGGUGGACGCUGCGUGGAUCUGUUGGAUGGUUUUGAGUGCAUUGCUAAUGCGACUUUUGACAACACACCCUUACACUACAGUGCUAAGGGAUCUCUAGUUUACUCGGUGACCAACGUGACCAUGGAUCUCCGUACAAGGCAGGAAAAUGCCGUAUUACUUCGUGCAUGGAGAGGGGCGGAGCUUCUACUGAUUGGUCUUGUGGAUUCAGCCAUUCAUGUGGAGCUCCAAACCGAGAACAGCGUGGAACCAGUGAUAUUCUCUGGACAGAGACAGAUUGCAGAUGGAAACUGGCAUCACCUGCUGGUUGCCAUGGCCAGUCCAGAACGUGAUGCAUCGCAGUGGUUCAUUUUGGUGGAUGACAUCAUCGACGGUAGCAGUGCACCGGAACUUGCUGGUAGUUUAAGUUUUCUUAAAGAUUUGUCAAGUGAAGUUGCACUGGCAGAGACGUACACAGGAUGUCUAGGCGCUGUCAGAGUGGGUGAGGUUUACCUUCCAUUUGUAGACAAUGCCAAAUCACCCCAAACAUCGUGGUUUUGGCGACGACAUGAUGAGCGUGUGCGCAUAGGCUGCUUUGGUGCUCCAGUGUGCCGCUCUCAUCCCUGCAGACGUGGUGGUACGUGUGUGGAUCUCUUCAAUACAUUUGGCUGCCAGUGCUCAUCAGGCUGGGAAGGGAUCACCUGCGAGAAAGAAACAGAUGAGUGUGUCUCAGGACCCUGUCUUCAUGGCAAGUGCAAAGACAAGUUUAAUGGGUUUGACUGCUUGUGUCACCCAGGAUAUGCUGGACCUACAUGUUCAGAAAACAUAGACAACUGCAAAGGAUCGAAGUGUAAGAAUGGGGGAACCUGUGUGGAUGGAGUUAAUGACUUCACCUGUAUCUGUCCACCCAAGUACAGCGGAACACGUUGUCAGUAUAAUUACCCUCCUCUAAAGUGUGAACUGGAUGUUGAAUGUGAAAAUGAUGGCGUUUGUUAUGACACUCAAUGGGGGGCAAACUGCACCUGCCCUCCAGGAUUCACAGGAGACAGAUGUGAGAAAGAAAUUGAUGAGUGUGCAUCUAGCCCAUGUCUAAACGGUGGAUCGUGUCUGGAUCGGCUGAACCGGUUUCAGUGUUUGUGUCCAGCAGGAUUCAGUGGGCAAUUCUGUGAAACAAAUAAACAAGCUCAGCAAGAACAUAUACCAUGGUUGGCAAUAGCGGUUCCAUUGGCAUGUGGCUGUAUCCUAUUGGUGGCCAUUGGACUCAUUUUUAUGUUGACGACAGCACGCAGGAAGCGGCAAUCUGAAGGAACUUAUUCCCCAAGCCAUCAGGAGAUAGCUGGUGCACGCCUGGAGAUGGAUAGCAUGCUGAAAGUACCACCUGAAGAGCGACUAAUUUGAACACACAAACAGAUGUAGAUAAAGGGGCUCUAAUAUUAUCUGUGAGACUCUGGAACUACACUGGAACUUUCCAAGACCUUGUGGUAUUACGGAGCCACAGUGAGAAGCAAGUGCUACAUCAAAAAAGCAACCUGAAGAAAACAUGACGUCAUUAAAUAUGGUUGAUCUUUUGUGGAGACCUAAAACUUUGGAAUUUAACCAGCAACUCUCUCAAGUGUAGUUAAACUUGAACUUUGUGAUUAUUUACCUCAUGGCAUUGUAUGCCGGAAAGGCUUUGACAAAUACUUCAGAGAGACGGAAAUAAGAGUUCACAUGCAUCCCACAGCAUGUAAAAUCUUUAACCAGUCCCUCUCAAAGAUAAGCACUAUAGUGCUAAUGAAGGAGUGAGCAACAGUUUGAAAAAA